AUGCGCUUUUCGUUACUUUCUUUCGUUGCAUUGGCAGUAGUCCCGUCAGUACAAGCAUUCUCCCUGAAUACAGGCGGUAGAUCGAGCUUGAUUUUGAGAUCAAGCGCCGCUCCUGUGGACGAAGUUGUUGGAAUCGAGCACGAACACUGCCAAGCACCUGGUGAUCGAGAUAUUCUUGUCCGUGCGGCACGUGGGGAAGAAACAGAACGUACUCCUGUCUGGUUGAUGCGACAAGCUGGUCGUUACAUGGAAGCUUUCCGUGCCUACUCGACGAAGUAUGCCUUCCGAAAACGAUCUGAAACUCCUUCGAUGGCAAUUGAAUUGAGUCUGCAGUGUCAUCGAAAGUAUGGAAUGGAUGGCAUUAUCAUGUUUUCUGAUAUUCUUACUCCGCUACCGACACUUGGUAUUGAAUUUGAUGUCGUUGCAGGAGUCGGUCCUGUUAUUUCCACAAAAAUUGAAUGUGAAAAGGAUGUCGAAGCCUUGGCGGAAGCAGAAUCUGUGGACUUCGAUGAAAAGCUGCCCUUCAUUCGAGAAAUCUUGUCCACCCUCUCAAAAGAAGCCGAAGAGGCCAACACUUCUCUGAUUGGCUUCGUUGGCGCACCAUUCACUUUGGCGGCCUACACAAUGGAAGGCAAGUCCUCCAAACACUGCUUGACAACCAAGAAGCACAUGAUGCGAGAUGAGACUGGCGAAGACAAGACAAUGUCCAUGUUCCUUGACAAGCUUGCUGUAAUGAUUGGUAACUAUGCUAGUCAUCAAAUUGAGUGUGGUGCACAAGUGAUCCAAUUGUUUGAAUCCUGGGCACACCAAGCAUCCCCCGCUGGUUUUGAGAAAUUUGCAAAGCCUGCCGCCCAAAAGGCUAUUAAGAUCAUUAAGGAUAAGCACCCUGAUGUCCCGGUGAUCUACUUUGCCAAUGGGGGUUCUUCGUACCUCGAACUCCAAAAGGAUAUGGGAGCUGAUAUGAUUGCAGUUGAUUGGCAUAUUGAUAUGGCUGAAGCGCGAAAGAUUCUUGGUCCUGACAUCCCCAUCAGCGGAAACAUUGACCCGACAAUCCUUUUUGGCACCAAGGAACAAAUCGAGCAGGCUGUUCGGGACUGUAUUGAUAAAGCUGGGGGGCCUGGAAGCAAGCACCUUCUGAACCUUGGCCAUGGAGUUAUGCAAGGAACUCCAGAAGAAGCCGUUGGUUGGUUGGUCGAUGAAGUCAAGAGAUAUACCGAAAAGAAAAAGUAG